UUUAGCUUCUUCUUCUUUUUGCUUCUCCGUUAGAAAAUGAAUGUCGCAAUAAUACAGAUGUUCCAGUCUGUGAAGCAACCAAAUUCAAGAUGGUCUUGGCUGGUGUGUUUCGCUUCCUUUUGCGUACACUUUCUCGGCGGAGGAGUAAAGAAUUCUUUUGGAACGAUGUUUUUGGCUCUCCUUAGAGAAUUUAAACGAAGCGAACUAGAAACAGCAUGGGUUGGCUCCUUUGCCAUUGGCAUGACCUACUUCUGUGGCCCUGUGUCUGCUGCUCUGUGUGAGCGGUUUGGCUGCCGUAUUAUAGCAUGUGUAGGCUGCCUUCUAUUCAUGACGGCAUCACUCAUAACAUCAUAUAUGUCAAGCAUUAUUCCCAUGUACUUCACGUUUGGGUUUAUGGGUGGAUUUGGCUUCAGUUUUAUGUAUUUCUCCUCUCUAUUUGUACUCAUGCAAUACUUCACUGAUAAACUAUCACUUGCGAAUGGAGUUGUCUUGGCUGGUUCAGGGUGUGGCUCCAUGGCCUUCAGCCUUCUUUUAGGCAAGAUGUGUUCACUAUAUGGUGUACAUGCCGGAUUCAAGACUAUGGCUGUAGCGGGUGUCAUUGGGGUUCUGGCAAGCUCGGUGUACCACCCUACAGUGAGUGAUGAUGAAGGGGAGCUCCUAGUUGAGGGUAUUGAUAAGGAUCACGAGCGCAUACCCUUUAGACUGAGAUGUUAUGAUGCUGUCAAGCCUGGGCUUCAUUGGCAAAACAAGGCAUUCCUAUUGUGGACUGUUAGCCUUGGUCUGGUGUUUUUUGCUGUCUUUAUUCCAUACCUGUAUUUGGUCCAGAUUGCCAAGCUCAGAGGGAUCCCCCCGUCUCAGGGUAGUCUCAUGGUUGGCCUUAUGUGUAUCAGUGGGACUGUUGGCAAAAUCGUGUUUGGGAGGCUUGCUGAUGUGCGCUGGGUGAACCGGCUUUAUUUGCUCCAAGCCUCUCUAGUUGUCAUCGCUAUUGGAGCCUUCGUCUUCCCGUUCUUGCGCUCAUACCCAGGCCUGCUCACCUAUGCUUUGCUCCAUGGGUUCAUAGAUAGCGGAUCUGGAGUCAUGUUUGGGCUCAUAACUAGGGAUAUUGUCGGCAAAGAAAUGAUGGCUGCCGCGCUUGGUAGUAUGUAUGGGGUGGUUGCGAUACCAUUGACUGCUGGGCCUCCUGUGGCAGGGCUGAUGUAUGAAAGCCUCGGCUCGUAUAACGCCGUCUAUUAUCUGGCCGCGGCUUUGACCUUGACUGGUGCCGCCCUUAUGACCUUUAUCCCGCGACUUUCACGUGCCCAUCGCGCGAGGCUCGAGAAGUUACUCCUCACCUACGACGAUCCUUCCGAGACGGCAUUGAUUGUUGACGAUCAGAAGCUCGCCGAGCUGCUCGGGUUCAACUCGCCGGGAGAGAUGAUGCUCUCGAAAAUCCGGGCAAGGCUCGACUCGGUUACAGAGUCGGUGAUCUCGCGUCGAUCUUCCAGCUUCGUGGGAAUAUUCGGAAUUGUCGGUGGCGAUAAUUAUCGCGAUGUGUCUUCGUACAACAGUCGGCUUGACCCGGAUACCCUCAGUGCUAUUGAUGUGUCUGUUUUAGGAACCAGGCGAUCGUCUCGUCAGGGAUCGAUGCUGUCUCGGCAUAGUUCGAUUCUUGGGCGGCAUGGAUCAAUAUUAUCUCGAACGCAUUCGGAGAUGGGUCGGCCAGGAUCGAUGAUAUCUCGGCAAAGCUCGUUACGGGGAACUCCCUCGCCUGAGCAUGUACCGCUUACUACUGCCCUAGAACCAAUAGAAGAGGUUCAAGCCGAUGUGAGUGCCAAGCCAGCGGAUACCCCGAUGAGGGUGUCCAGUCUUCCAACGGUCACUGAAGAAGAAUCCGUUCUAACUUAAAAUAAUGAUGACGAGUAUUUAUCGCAGGCUCAGCUCCAUGAGUAGAUGACAAAGUUCACGGCGCGGGGAGCAGGCCCAGGCCAUUGUUAAACAAAGUUUAAGGUGAUAGCCAAAUUCGUUGUUGCGCGACCUCGGUGAAUACAAAAUCCUUGUCUGGCUUUGGCUUGGGAAUAGCGCUGGCGGGAAUAGGACGUGUUUUAUUUAUUUAUUUAUUUAUUUUUAUGAUAAUUGUUUAUUGAUUCUCAAGUGAGGUGAGUAUUUUACAAGACUAAUGUUUUUUACAUGAUUACAGAAAUGUAUUAAAUUAAAUAAAUACAGUGUUCACUA